CCAGGGUGCAGCUCAGUCUGAGCCAAUAUGUGGGGUCCGGGGUUCUGUCUUGGAGGGAGCGGACUUCGGUGGGAAGUCAGAAUAAGCUUCUUUGGAGUGCUGUGCAGAACUGGUUGAGUCACGUGGGGUUUCAGCUCAGCUCUGGGGAGAGGGUGAUAGGGACUGUGCCUUGAGUGAUGGUUUCCUUAGGACGCCACGUGCAGCCCGAGUCCGCCUUGGUCUUCCUGGACAGGAGAGCUGCCUGGUAGUGCGGAUGAUAGUAUAAAGUCCUGGAUUGCAAACUAAUGAUGGUCAGCUGACUGCCUGCUCCUGAGGUGGAGCUGGGAGCUAAGUGAGCAGCUACCUGGGGAAACCAUUCUCACAUGGACGCUGUCAGAUUUUCAGAAACUGUAGAGCAAACGGGGUCUGGUCCUUCCUGAACUCUGUAGCCGGCCUAGUAUAACGGUCUUGAGGUCUUGAUUGUGUUCAUCUUCUCUGCCAGUUCGAGAAUUAAGGGAGGAAAAACCUGAGGCCCAGCAGUUCACCCGUGGGAAAUCUGCCAGAAUCAGCUGCUAUAGAAAAACUUUGAUUAGGGUGAGAAUACACACAUUCUGCAGUCAUAUGGAGGGAGAGACCCAGUGCAAAGCUGAAUGGGGACUAGAGAAGCUGAACCCAGAUUCAUUCACCUUGAGGGUGGGUUUUCUUAAAUUUUUGGCAGUUCCUUUAACCCUGAUUUAGAGUUGAGUAAAUAAAGAAGGCAGAAUGUCUGCUUGUCCCCAAAUGGUUUUGUCAACAUGUCUUCAUCUAGCCUUGACAUUAUUGAGUUUGUCUGCAAGCAGGGUUCCUAGGAACAGAUGAAAAACUCUCAUGACCUUGGGUUCCAGUGCCAGGCAUUUGUGUCAGGUCAGCAGGGUGAGGAAGAGCUCAUAGAACUCUGUGUUUAUUCAUCUGAUUUAAAGCAAACAGACCUUUGAUAGGAAAGACUUCAGUCUACUCUAUUGCACAUCCCUGAGAUCUCUGCAUUUGUGAGGGGCAGGCAGGACCGUCUGGCCCUCCUGUAUUUCAAAACAAAUUCAAGGACAGCUUAUGCUACCUGAUUCUGUAACAGGAAACACUUGAACAUAUUUUAUGGACUUGAUAAAUACUUUCUUUUGUUCAUUUCAUUUAUCUUACAUGUGCUUAAUUUCUAUGGUCUAUUCCAUGUGUAAUUGAGACUUUUUUCACUCUUAUGUGUCAUGAGCCCCCAAGAGAUCACCAGGAGUCCAAGUUCAUAUGCAAAAGCAACGAAACUUUAUUGUAAGCACAAGCUUGGGCUCUCUGUCCAUUCCAGCACAGCAGUUGGAUCAGGGAGAGCCUUGAGCUCAGUUGAGGCAGGGUUUUUAAGGAGUAAAGGAUGGGGGUAGGAAAAUUCCAGAUUCAGAUGAGGGUUGAACUCCUGAUUGGGCAGGAGUGAGGUAACAGAGGUUUUGUUAAACAGUGACUGGUAUGGGCGUUGCUGCAAGAAAAUUGGCAAACUAUAUACAAAUUAUGUAAGCUAUUCUUUGUGUUCUAGAGCUUUUAGUACUUGUCUCAAUUUUGAUUGGUCUCCUGCAGGUUACAGUCUGUUGCUUCUCCUGGUUAUAGUAAGGGUAAGGCCUAGUCCUUGUAUCAUUAGUCUGCAGCCUGUCAUGGCUGCACUGAUGUUAAGUUAGGCCUCUUCAUUCACUAUCAUGCUUUCGUUAUAGGUAUUAAAUUUUGGUGAUUACAUACUUGUUUUCAUUUACUCUGUGAGGAAGAAUUUCUCUUUAACUGCCUAAAAUAUUCCUCCCUAUAUGUAGUGAUUGUUCAUUCUUUUUGGAUAUUAAUCUGUGUUUGUUACUGUCAUGACCUGAUGUUGAUUUCUUCUGGUUUUAUUUAUUUUUUUCAGGUUGCUCCUUUCGUAUCUAAUCCGAGACUACAUUAUUUCUUCAUUUCCAUUCUGCAGUUCUUGACUGAUAUGGCUGCUGUGGUUACAUUCCUGGGUCUUUUUCUGCAGCUGCAGCUGGGAUACCUUCCCCUGUCCUUACACCAGAGGUUCCAAUAUGUGCAGAUGCUUCUUACAGUUAGCAAGAGCAAAACCACUUCCUCCCUGUCCUUCACAUGGACACUGCCAUGUCCAACCUGUAAAGCCAAGUGCUAAUGCUGGUUCCUGCUCUUCACAGGUCCAGUCCAGUUCCCCUUGUUGAGCAGUCCUGUCUCUUUCCUCCCAGGCUUCUCUCAUUGUAUUCUAAUUUCAGUGUGAGGGAGGGAGUUCCUUGUGUUUACAACUCAUGCAUGAGCCUUGCUGUGUUAGAUAUGUCAUGUCUGGAAAACUCUGGAGGGGAGGUGUUCUGGGUGAUGACAUUCAGUUCCUGUUGAUCCAUCUAUAUGAUUAUAUAGAGUCCAUGGAGAGACAUUGCAGAAGAUUUGAACAGGAAUCAAAUACAUAUGUAAGGAGUAAACCUGAGCAGCCCAGGUAUUCAUUGAUUAUGAUUCAUUGAUUGAAUAUGAUCACAUCGUCAGCUCUGGUUGUAUUUGUGUCUGUCCUAGUGUCCUCCAGAGUCGUCAUCAAAUCCAGCAACAUAUUGUGAGUUGAAAGGUGUGUGUGGUUCCAUGACCAACUCUUUCAAAAUCUGCAUUCCAUUGUUCUCUUCUUUGCAGCAUCUGUAUGAAUUUAAGUCAGAUCUAUGAGAGUGCGUGUCCCAAAUCCUUAUUGGACACACUCCACAUACUGUUGGCUUUAAGAAGACUCAGAAACAACAUAUGGACUCUUAAAAUCCAAAAAUAUGUCCAGACAUCUAACGUAUAGAGUAAGGAAUGUGAUGGUUAUUUUGUAAAAUAAUUAUACAAUUCAUGUUUCUGUAUCUAGUAUCUACUUAUGAGUGAGUACAUACCAUGUUUGUCCUUCUGGGUUUGGGUUCCCUCACUCAGGAUGAUAUUUUCUAGUUCCAUCCAUUUGCCUGCAAAUUUCAUGCUUUCAUUGUUUUUCUCUGCUGAGUAGUACUCCAUUGUGUAUAUGUACCACAUUUUCUUAAUUCUAUUCUUGAGUUGACGGGCAUCUGGGUUGUUUCCAGGUUCUGGCUAUGACAGAUAAUGCUGCUAUGAACAUAGUUGAGCAUGUAUCUUUGUGGUAUGAUUGAGCAUUCCUUGAGUAUGUGCCCAAGAGUGGUAUGACUGGGUCUUGAUGUAGAUCGAUUCCCUAUUUUCUGAGAAACGGCCAUACUGAUUUCCACAGUGGUUGUACAAGUUUGCACUCCUACCAACACUGGAGGAGUGUUCCCUUUGCUCCACAUCGUCUCCAACAUUGACUGUCAUUAGUGUUAUUGAUCAUAGCCAAUCUGACAGGUGUAAGAUGGUAUCUCAGAGUCAUUUUGAUUUGCAUUUCUCUGAUGACUAAGGAUGUUGAGAAUUUACUUAAAUGUUUCAGCCAUUUGAGAUUCUUCUUUUGAGAAUUCUCUGUUUAGCUCUAUAGACCAUUUUUUAAUUGGACUGUUCAGUAUUUUAAUAUCUAGUUCUUGAGUUCUUUAUAUAUUCUGGAUAUCAGCCCUCUGUCAGAUGUGGGGUUGGUGAAGAUCUUUUCCCAUUCUGUAGGCUGUCGUUUUUGUCUUAUUGACCAUGUCCUUUGCCCUACAAAACUUCUGAGUUUCAAGAGGUCCCACUUAUUAAUUGUUGCUCUCAGUGUCUGUGCUACUGGUGUUAUAUUUUGGAAGUGGUCUCCUGUGCCAAUGUGUUCAUGACAGCUUCCUACUUUCUCUUCUAUUAGGUUCAGAGUAACUGGAAUUAUGUUGAGGUCUUUGAUGCACUUGGACUUAAGUUUUGUGCAUGGUGACAGAUAUAGAUAUAUUUGCAAUCUUCUACAUGUUGACAUCCAGUUAUUCAAGCAUCAUUUGUUGAAGAUACUUUCUUUUUUCCAUUGUGAAGUUUUGGCUUCUUUGUCAAAAAUCUGGUGUUCAUGCCUGUGCGGAUUAAUGUCAGUGUCUUCAAUUAGAUUCCAUUGGUCCGCAUUGUCACUUUUUAUGCCAGUACCAAGCUGUUUUUAUUACUGUAGCUCUAUAGUAGAGCUUGAAUUCAGGGAUCAUGAUGCCUUCAGAGAUUGCUUUAUUGUACAGGAUUAUUUUGGCUAUCCUAGUUUUUUUGUUUUUCCAUGUGAAGUUGAGUAUUGUUCUUUCCAGGACUGGGGGAUUGCAUUGAAUCUGUAGAUUGCUUUUGGUAAGAUUGCCAUUUUUACUAUGUUAAUCCUACCUGUGUCCAUGAGCAUGGGAGAACUUACCCUUUUCUGAUAUCUUCUUCAAUUUCUUUCUUUAGAGACUUAAAGCUCUUGUCAUACAGGUCCUUCACUUGCUUAGAGUUACCCAAAGGUAUUUUAUAUAAUUUGUGGCUAUUGUAAAGGUGAUGUUUCUCUGAUUUCUUUCUCAGCCCGUAUGUCAUUUGUAUAUAGGAGGGCUACUGGUUUUUUUUUUAGUUAAUCUUGUGUCAUGCCACAUUACUGAAGGUGUUUAAUCAGCUGUAGGAGUUCCUUGGUGACAUUUUUGGGGUCAUUUAUGUAUACUAUCAUGUCAUCUGCAAAUAGUGAAAGCUUGACUUCUUUCUUACCAAUUUGUAACCCCCUUGAUCUCCUUUUGUUGUCUUAUUGCUCUAGCUAGAACUUCAAGUACUACAUUGAAUAAAUAUAGGGAGAGCGGACAUCUUGUCUUGUUCCUGAUUUUAGUGGAAUCACUUUGAGUUUCUCUCCAUUUAAUUUGAUGUUGGCUGUUGGCUUCCUGUAAAUUGCCUUUAUUAUGUUUAGGUAUGUUCCCUGUAUUCCUGAUCUCUCUAAGACCUUUAUCAUGAAGGGGUGUUGGAUUUUGUCAAAUGCCUUUUCUGCAUCUAAUGAAAUGAUCUUGUGGUUUUUUUCUUUCAGUUUGUUUAUGUGGUGUAUUACAUUGACAGACUUUCAUAUGUUAAACCCCCCUUGCUUCCCUGGGAUGAAGCCUACUUGAUCAUGGUGGAUAAUUGUUUUGAUGUGUUCUUGGAGUCUGCUUGCCAGUAUUUUAUUGAGUAUUUUUGCAUCAAUGUUCAUGAGGGACUUCGGUCUGUAGUUCUCUUUCUUUGUUGUAUCCUUGUUUGGUUUAGGAAUCAGGGUAAUUGUAGCCUCAUAGAAGGAGUUUGGUAAUGUUCCUUCUGUUUCUAUUGUGUGGAACAAUUCAAAGAGUGUUAGUAUUCUCUUGGUUGAAGAUCUGGUAGAAUUCUGCAUUGAAACCAUCUGGUCCUGGGCUUUUUUUGGUUGGGAGACUUUUAAUGACUGUUUCUAUUUCCUUAGGGGUUAUUGGACUAUUUAAAUCGUUUAUCUGGUCUUGAUUUAAGUUAGGUAUGUGGUACCUAUCCAGAAAAUUGUCUAUUUCUUUUAGAUUUUGCAAUUUUGUGGCAUACAGGUUUUUGAAGUAUGACCCGAUGAUUCUCUGGAUUUCUUCAUUGUCUGUUGUUUUGUCUCCCUUUUCAUUUCUGAUUUUGUUAAUUUGGAUGCUCUCGCUCUGCCUUUUGGUUAGUUUGGAUAAGGGCUUGUUUAUCUUGUUGGUUUUCUCAAAAAUUCAACUCUUUGCUUCAUUAAUUUUUUGUAUUGUUCUCUUUGUUUCUAUUUUAUUGAUUUCAGCUCUCAAUUUGAUUAUUUUCUGGUGUCUAUUCCUCCUGGGUGACUUUACUUCGUCUUGUUCUAGAGCUUUCAGGUAUGCUAUUAAGUCACUAGUAUGAGAUUUCUCCAACCUUUUUAUGUGGGCAUUUAGUGCUAUGAAUUUUUCUCUUAGCACUGCUUUCAUAGUGUCCCAUAAGUUUGGGUAUAUAGUACAUGCAUUUUCAUUGAAUUCUAGGAAAUCUUUAAUUUCUUUCUUUGUUUUUUCCAUGACCUAUUGGUGAUUCAGUUGAGCAUUAUUCAGUUUCCAUGAGAUUGUAGGCUUCCUGUAAUUUUUGUUGUUGUUGAAAUCUAACUUUAAACCAUAGAAAACAGGAGGUUAUUCCAAUUUUUUUUAUAUCUGUUGAGAUUUGCUUUUUGACCAUUUAUGUGGUGGAUUUUAGAGAAGGUUCCAUGGAGUGCUGAGAAGAAAUUAUAUUCUUUUUUGUUAGGGUGGAAUGUUCUGUAGAUAUCGAUUAAGUCUAUUUGAGUAAUAACAUCAGUUAAGUCCCUUAUUUCUCUGUUAGGUUUCGACCUGGCAUAUCUGUCCAGUGAUGAGAGUGGGGUGUUGAAGUCUCCCACCAUUAAUUUGUGGGGUUAUAUGUGUGAUUUAAGCUUUAGUAAUGUUUGUUUUACAUAUGUGGGUGCCUUUGUGGGGCAUAAAUGUUCAGAAUUGAAACUUCAUCUUGGUGGAUCUUUUCUGUGAUGAGUAUGUAAUGUCUUCUUGAUCUCUUUUGAUUGAUUUUAGUUUGAAGUCCAUUUUGUUGGAUAUUAGGGUAGCUACAACAGCUUGCAUCUUAAGACCAUUUGAUUGGAAAGACUUUUCCCAGCCUUUUAUUUUUAAGUGGUGUCUAUCUUUGAAGUUGAUAUGUGUUUCUUAUAUGCAGCAGAAUGAUGGGUCCUGCUUUUGUAUCCAUUUGUUAGCCUGUGUUCUUUAGUAGGAGAAUUAAGUCCAUUGAUAUUAAGGGAUAUUAAUGACCAGUGAUUGUUAAUUCCCAUUAUUUUUUGGUGGUAGUGUGUGUGUAUUUCUCUUCUUUGGGAUUUACUGCUGUGGGGUUAUCUAUUGACUGUGUUUCAUGGGUAUAUCUGACUUCCUUAGGUUGGAAUUUUCCUUCUAGUGCUUUCUGUAGGGCUGGAUUUGUGGACAGGUAUUGUUUAAAUCUGGUUUUGUUUUGGAAUGUCUUGUUCACUCUGUCUAUGGUGAUUGAAAGUUUUCUGGGUAUAUUAGUCCAGGCUGGCCUCCAUGGUCUCUUAGUAUCUGCAUUACCUCUGUCCAGGUCCUUCUGGCUUUCAAAGUCCCCACUGAGAAGUCGGGUGUUAUUCUGAUGGGUCUGCCUUAUAAGUCACUUGGCCUUUUCCCUUUGCUGCUCUUAAUAUUCUUUCUUUAUUCUGUAGGUUUAGUUGUUUAAUUACUAUGUGGUGAGGGGACUUUUGGGGGGUCUAGUCUGUUUGGUGUUCUAUAGGCUUCUUGUAUCUAACAUAGGUGUUUCCUUCUUUAAGUUGGGAACGUUUUCUUCUAUGAUCUUGUUUAGUAUAUUUUCUGUGCCUUUGAGUUGGUAUUCUCCUUCUUCUAUCCCUAUUAUUCCUAGGUUUGGUCUUUUCAUGGUGUCCCAGAUUUCUUGGGCAUUUUGUGUUAUGACUUUUUUGGCUUUGUUGUUUUCUUUGACUGACGAAUCCAAUUCCUCUAUUGUAUCCUCUGCACCAGAGAUUCUCUCUUCCAUCUCUUGUAUUCUGUUGGUUAUACUUGCUUGCAUCUGUGUUUCCUGUUCGUUUACUCAGAUUUUCUGUUUCCAGCAUUCCCUCUGCUUGUGUCUUCUUCACUGUUUCUUUUUCCCUUUUCAUGUCCUGAACUGUUUCCCUCACCUGUUUCCUUGCUUCUUCAUGGUUUUCUUUAAGGGAUUUGUUGCUUUCUUCCAAUUUUUUAUAUGUCUUUUCCUCUAGUUCUUUAUAGAUUUCUUCCCAUUUUUUGUUUGACUUUUUCUCAACUUCUUUAUUGAUUUCCUCCACUUUUUUGUUCAUCUUUUCCUCAAUUUCUUUACUUUGGGUUUAUUUGUUUUGUUUUUGUCUUCUGUUCCCCACCCCCCACCCCAGAGAAUGUCUCUAAAUUUUCCAGUCCAGGUUUGGAUUGGGUCCAUUUGUCAGAAGCCUCUGAGCACUUAGCACAUUCACGGAGAACAAGGCUGGAUUCAAAAUCUUCUUAAAGAUACUUUUCAUUCACGUUACUGUAUUGUGCAGUUUUCCUUACUUGUCUGGACCAACAGUCUGAAAUAACGACAGGAAGACUCCUUUUAUUUUAUGUUAUUAAUGGUUUUUCAUUUAUUUUACAUACCAAUCACAGUUUCCCCUCCCUCGUCCCCUCCAAUUCCCCCCACAAACACACACACACUCACAUCUAUUCCCCUUCCCAUCCACUCCUCCUCUGUCUCCCUUCAGAAAGGGGCAGGCCUCCCAUGUGCUUGAACAAAGCAUGACAUAUCAAGUUGAGGUAGGACUGAGCUCCUCCCUCUGCAUAAAAGCUGGGCAAGGUUAUCCAGCAUGGGGAGCACAUUCAGGGAGAUUUCUUAGUGAUUAUGAACACUUGCCCUUUAGUGUAGGCUUUUCCCUAGCUACCUCUUAUAACUCAAUUUAACCUGCCUUCAUUAAUCUUCGAUCUGCCCCAUGGCUUCUCUUUAAUUGUCUCCACCAUUCUGUAUGCCUGUCUUGGUCCUCAAGUAGCAGGUGUCUCCUUGCAACUGGAUUCAUUUCUUCUGCUCUGUCCCAUGAAUCCUGCCUGUCCUCUCCUGCCUCGAUAUUGGCCACUCAGCUCUAUUAAAGAUAUCAGAAGGUGCCUUGGCAAAGACAGAUUUUCACAGUGUACAAAAAAAGAUUAUCCCACACAGUAUUGCUUUAUCAUUUUAAAGUACAACUGAUCAACAUGAUUUUUUUUUUAAUGCUGUAGUAAGUAAAAUGAGAACAUGUGCACCAGAAAUGACCUGUAAGCCUAAUAUUUCUGUUAAAGUCUCGACUCACAUUUGUAGUAGAAUUUUUUUAAGGCGCUUUACUUUUGUUUAUGUUGUACAUGUUUAACUCUGUGAAUCUGUGUUACUGUGUCUGUGUAGAACACCUGAUGGUCUAAUAAAGAACUGGCCAAUAGCAAAGCAGGAGAAAGGAUAGGCAGGGCUGGCAGGCAGAGAGUAUAAAUAGAAGGAGAAAUCUGGAAACAGGGAUUAGAGAUCCAGCAGCCAGAAGUGCAGGACUCCAGGGGCCAGCCAUUCAGCUACACACACAGCAAGCCACAGAGUAAGAGUAAGACACAGAAAUAAGAGAACGGGAAAAGCCCAGAGGUAAAAGGUAGAUGUAAUAAAUUAAGGAAAGCUGACAAGAAAGAAGCUAAGCCAAGGCAAAGCCGAGCAUUCAUAAAUAAGAAAAAGCGUCCGUGAAUGAAUUUAUUUGGGAGCUGGUUGGCGGGCUCCCAGAAGAGCCAAGAAAAUCUCCAGCAGCACACAUUCACACAUCUGGUGUUGUAGAUCAGGUGGUGAACACCAGACUGACUCCCCAUGGCUAUUUGAAACCAAAACAGUAGCCAAAUUGUUGUUAAGAAACCACAUUUUUUUUAUAUUGAUAUUAAAUCCACAUAGUUUACAAGAAUGUUUCUGAUUACUAAGCCUAAUGUACCCUCCAAAACAUGUUUCAACCUAUGCUGAACUUGUGACCCAAUGAUGUAUGCUCACAAUUUGCCUUACAAAAAUAACCUGUAAUAUGAUUGCACUUUUGCCUUACGAAAAUGGUUUUCCAGAUACCUUGAUGAUUCCCCUGCCAUAUGAUGUAUUAGUGAACUAGCAUUUUUUAUUUUUUAAAUUUCAUCACUUCUAAGGCCCAAUUAUCUCGACAUCUGUUUUCUAUUAACCUUAACUCUUCCCCUAGAAUGGACCCCAAAAGGCAACGAGGGGCUGCUCUCUGAAAUACCGACUUUGGGAGAGAAAGCCAACUGAUCAGUUCCUGGUGCUCCUGUAACAUGAAGCUUGCUUUAAUCAGACAUUCGUGCAGUUGGUUUUUCUCAGGCCUAACAGCUGUCCAGCCCACUCACUCUGUUUCUCAGUCCCAUCUCUACUGCAGGCAGCCGGAACUAAUCCAGGAGGAGUAACUAUCACACAAGGAGUCCAGGAAUUCCUUCGCACAGACUUCUGGGAAAUGUAGUCCAUGCGACUGUGACGUCACAGGAAGCGGCCAAGAAAAUCCUUUUCCGGUUUUCGGUCGCCAAAGGAGGGUCUUCUUCAAAGUUGGGCGAGAGUCCAACCCUGCUCUACAAUCCUGUUGCAUCUCUGACAUGGAGGAAAUGCUGUCCUUCUGGGAUGUGGCCAUUGAUUUCUCUCCAGAAGAGAGGGAAUGCCUGGAGCCUGCUCAGUGGAAUUUGUACAGGGAUGUGAUGUUGGAGAAUUACAGCAACCUUGUGUUCCUUGGUCGUGUUGUGUCGAAGCCACACCUGGUGACAUUUUUGGAGCAAAGACAAGAAUCUUCAGGUGUGAAGAGACAAGCAGCAGCCAACAUGCAUCCCGGAACAACACCCAAUGAUGAUAACGUUUACAGCAAGGCCAUUGAUUGUAACUCCCUAUAUAAUCAACACCAGAGAAUUCAUACAAGGGAAAAAUCCUACAAGUGUGAAGAAUGUGGUAAAUCAUUUCACUAUCCUUCAAAGCUGAAGCAACAUCAAAGAAUUCAUUCUGGAGAGAAACCCUACAAGUGUGAAGAGUGUGGCAAAUCAUUUCACUAUCCUUCAAAGCUGAAGCAACAUCAAAGAAUUCAUUCUGGAGAGAAACCCUACAAAUGUGAAGAAUGUGGCAAAUCAUUUCACUAUCCUUCAAUUCUGAAGCAACAUCAAAGAAUUCAUUCUGGAGAGAAACCCUACAAGUGUGAAGAAUGUGGCAAAGCUUUUCAUGUUCCUUCAGUCCUUCGGGAACAUCAACGAAUUCAUACUGGAGAGAAACCCUACAAGUGUGAAGAGUGUGGCAAAUGUUUUUCCUCAUCUUCAUGCCUUAGACGACAUCAAACAAUCCACUCUGAAGACUCUCUCUACAAGUGUGAAGUAUGUGGCAGAUGUUUUUGCUCAUCUUCAUCCCUUAGACAACAUCAAACAUUCCAUUCUGAAGACUAUCCCUAUAAGUGUGUAGAAUGUGGCAAAAGGUUUUCCUGUUCUGCAAGCCUUCAGGAACAUCAAACAGUUCACACUGGAGAGAAACCAUACAAGUGUGAAGAAUGUCACAAAGCCUUUCAUUAUCAUUCAUCCCUUAGGAGACACAAGAGAGUUCAUACUGGAGAGAACUCCUACCAGUGUGAAGAGUGUGGCAAAUCUUUUUCCUCGUUUUCAUACCUUAGACAACAUAAAGCAAUUCACUCCAAAGAUAAUCCCUGCAAGUGUGAAGAGUGUGGCAAAACUUUUUCCCAUUCUGCAAAGCUUCAGAAACAUCGUAAAAUUCAUAGUGGAGAGAGACCAUACAAGUGUGAAGAAUGUCACAAAGCCUUUCGUUAUCAUUCAGGCCUUAAGAACCACAAGGCAGUUCAUAUUCAAGAGAAACUCCACAAGCGUGAACUGAGUGGAAAAGAAUUUACUAAGAUUGCUUUCCUCAUUGAGGACAAGGCAGCUCAUAUUGCAGAGAAAGCCUACAAGUGUGAAGAGUGUGGCAAGUGUUUUUCCUCACCUUCCGCCCUUAAACAACAUCAAAUAAUCCAUUCUGAAGACAAUCCCUACACGUGUGGAGAGUGUGGCAAAAGGUUUUCCUCCUUUGCACGCCUUCAAGAACAUCAGACAGUCCAUACUGGAGAGAAACCACACAAGUGUGAGGAGUGUGGCAAAUGUUUUUCCUCAUCUUCAUCCCUUAGACGACAUCAAGAAAUUCAUUCUGACGACAAUCCCAACAAGUGUGCAGUGUGUGGCAAAAGGUUUUUCUCUUUUACAAACCUUCAAGAACAUCAGACAAUUCAUACUGGGGAGAAAUCAUGCAAGUGUCAAGAGUGUGGCAAAUGUUUUUACUUAUCUUCAUCCCUUCGACGACAUCAAGCAAUUCAUUCCAAAGAGAAUCCCUACAUGUGUACAGAAUGUGACAAAGGGUUUUCCUGUUUAUCAUACCUUCAAGAACAUCAGAAAACUCAUACUGGGGAGAAAGCAUUCAAGUGUGAAGAGUGUGGCAAAUGUUUUUACUUUUCUUCAUCUCUUCGGCGACAUCAAAUAAUUCACUGUGAAGACAAUCCUUACAAGUGUGAAGAGUGCGGCAGAUGUUUUUCUUCAUCUUUAUCCCUUAGAGGACAUCAAACAAUCCAUUCUGAACAUAAUCCUUAUACAUGUGUACAAUGUGGCAAACGAUAUUCCUGUUCUAGGAGUCUACAGGAACAUCAAACAAUUCAUACUGGAGAGAAACCAUACAAGUGUGAAGAAUGUGGCAAAGCCUUUCAUUAUCACUCAUCCCUUAGGAAACACAAGAGAGUUCAUACUGAAGUGAAACCCUACCAGUGUGAAGAAUGUCACAAAACCUUUUGUUAUGACUCAUCCCUUUGGAAACACAAGGGAAUUCAUACUGGAGAGAAACCCUACCAGUGUGAAGAAUGUCACAAAACCUUUUGUUAUGACUCAUCCCUUUGGAAACACAAGGGAAUUCAUACUGGAGAGAAACCCUACAAGUGUGAAGAAUGUCACAAAGCUUUUCAUUAUCACUCAUCCCUUGGGGAACACAAGAAAGUCCAUACUGGAGAGAAACCCUACCAGUGUGAAGAGUGUGACAGAUGUUUUUCCUCAUCUUCAGCACUUAAUCGACAUAAAAAAAAGAAAAUUCCUUCUGAAGACAAUCCCUAAAAGUGUAGAGAUUGUGGCAAAGACUUUGCUAAUCUUUAUAUCCUUAUUCAACACAUGAUAUCGUUCAUAUGGGAGAGAAAUCCUACAAAUGUCUUAAAUAGUUUACUUGUUCAAUCCUUAAAACACAUCAUAUGAUUCAUUCUAACUACAAA